AUGGACUCAUACCAACAACCACCUCACGGUGGUUACAUGAGGCCACCUCAACCACCACCCCCUCCUCCGCCACACACGGCGGAUCCCCAUCAACAACACCACCAGUAUCACCAGAUGCCGCCGCCUCCUCCUCCUCAAGGCCCCUGGUUCACACCUCAAUUUCAGUACCAGACUCCUUCUCCUCCACAGCAGUGGCCUCCACCUCCGACUCCGACACCUCCUCCUCCUCCUCCGUCGAAUCCUUAUUCCUAUCAUCCCAGCCAGUUCCCUCCUCCACCUCCUCAUCAUGCUCGUCCUCCUCCUCAGUUUCAGCCUCACUCUCACAUUCCACAGGCUUAUCCUCAGGAAUGGAACAACAACCCUGGCUGGCCUCAAAACCAAGCGUAUCCAGUUCAUACGAAUGAAGAAGAUUGGGCGGCCAAGGCCAGAGCAUGGGCCGAUGCUAAGUCUGCAAUGGAAACUCAGCAUCCACAAUCACAUUAUUCGCAUACUGGAAGAUUGCCAGAGCAAACCCAUUAUCAUGAUCCAUAUCAGCAAUCCGUAGACCCACGUUAUACUGAUGUUCAAAACCAGUCCCAUCCAUCAUCAGGCUAUCAACAAUUUUCCUUCGUAGAUCCAGCUAUGCAGAGAAAUUCAGGACAUUCCCAGGAGGCUGCGUCUGUCAGUUUAGAAGCAGCUUAUACUUCAGAUGGACAUUCAUAUAGUGCUAGAGACGGGACCAGCAUCGGAGAUCCAACUGUUUCGUUUGAACAAGCAAACUUCCCUACAAAUCCAUCCGUUCAUCCGCAGGAGGUACCUACUAGUUAUAGUUCUGUUGCAGGUAAAGAGGCUGCUGAUCAGGUUCAACAGUCAUAUGCAAUGUUUCCUUUGCCAAGUUCCUCAUCUCAAGAACAAUACCAUGCACAACCAUCAAUGCAUGCACCAUCCUUUGCAUCUCAUAGCCAUUCUGUUGACUCAUCUACCAAUCUUGCUGAUCAACCUUUAGAUUUUGCACCUAGGUUUAGUCGUGAUGGUGACCCGCAAAUGCAAUCUACUUAUAAUCAUCAUGAUUCUGGUUCUUCAAUGAAUAACUGGGGUGCUCCAGUGGCACCUGGUGUUGGUUAUCCACCAAUACCUCCAAGUCUUUCCUCAGGGCCACAGCAUGAUCCUUCUUUUACUACUCCUGGUCAUGUAGCAGCACCAUAUGGAAGGUUUCCUGGACCUGGUCACCCUUCAACAAUUCCACCAAAUGGUGCACCCUAUUCUCUUAGCACAGUAGCUACUGUUCAUCCUACUGCAGCUUUCUCUGCUGAUGCAUAUGGAAUUUCCGGUGUCCCCGAACGUCCUAAGAAGGCGCCAGUCCCUAACUGGCUUAGAGAGGAAAUAAAGAAAACAGUCAUUGCGGCUCCUUCCGCAGAUCAUCCAAAAGUGGAAGAAACACUUGUUGGUGAUGACAUUGAUAAAUCAUAUAUGAAAGCCGAUGAUGAGAUAGAUAGUAAAAGUGUUGAUUCGUCCAGAUCAGCUGAGGAUGAAGAGGACGAAGAGGUUGAAGUAGCUAGAACUGCAGCAAUCAACCAGGAAAUAAAAAAAAUUCUUACUGAAGUUCUUUUAAAGGUUACUGAUGAAUUGUUUGAUGAAAUUGCAACCAAAGUUCUUAGUGAAGAUGAUUUGACUCCUGAAGUGGAUCAUAAUGUUGCCACUUCAAACCAUAAGGCAUCAACCUCUCCACCCUCUGCUCUGGUUCCUAAGGCAACUGCUAAAGUUUUAGUUCCAGUUAAAGCUAAGGAAAGAGAGAAUGACGGUGCCAAUGAAAACUCUAAUUCCAGCUCUCCUGGAGAUGUUUUAGGUCUUGGAAAUUAUGGUUCGGAUGCUGAUGAUGAAAUUGAGAGUUCCACUGUGCCUGCUCCUGCAAAAGAUGCUGCAUAUAUGGUGAAUAAUGUAGUCAAAACCAACUCAUCACUAUCCAGAAAUGGCAAUGGUGCUGCUAUUGAUCAAUUACUUGAUGCUAAGAUAACCAAAGAAGAUGAUCAUUCUGAUUCUUCCAAGAUAGUUUCUAAAGAUACUAGAGAUAAUGGGCUUGAAGCAAUUGAAAGAAGCCAUGAUAGAUUUAAUGGUUUUAGAUCUGAAGACAUGUCAGGGGUGCCAAGAUCUGAAUUGCCUGGAAAGAACGGCGUGGAGAAAGCAACAAAUGAUCAUCAUGGUAAGGAAAGCAGAAGAAAAUCUGAAAAAAAUGACCGACAUGACAGGAGCUCUUCCGAAAAGGAUUCUAAGGAGGUAAAAAUUAGUCAUAAGACCAGGACAGACGGAAAAGGUGAUGAGAGCAAAAGAAGGAAAGAGGAAAGAAACCAAAAAAAGGAACAUACAGAUUACAUCAGUGAGUCAAAAGAAAGAGUAAAAGAGCACAAUGUAAGGCAUGUGGAGAAGGCAAAGGAACCCGAAUCAAGGAAAAGGUCCUCCCGUGCUGAUGUCAGGGAUGAUAGGAGGGGAGCAGAAAAACCUCAUAGAGGUAGUACCGCUGAAGAUACUAGCCGGAGAAAGGAACAUACGAAGGAUAAGGGGGAGCAUAAAUCUAGGCGAAGGGAAGCUCGUGACCAUGACAGGCACAGAAGAAGACGUUCGUCUUCAGUAAGCAGUAGGGGUAGAACCAGCAAGGAUCAUCUGGUUAAUCACGCUGAUGAUUCAAGUGGUGAAGGUUCAGAUGGCUCGAAAAGGAAGCUGCAUUCAAGAAAGCGUGACUUGUCACCAUCUCCAGUCAGGUCUAAAAGAAGACAAGUUUCGCGGUCUCCUCAUAGCAAGCGUUCUCAGCGCAGGCAUUCUCCCUAUUCUUCUCUUGAUAAUUCCAGGGGAAGAAGGUCAAGAUCCAGAUCACCUGUUCGGCGGCAUAGGUGA